AUGACGGAUGUGCACGGCGAGCUGCUAAAGUGUGUGUUGCAACUGGCGGCAUGUAGCGACAAGCUCCGCGCAGCAGAUGUGAUGUUGGGCAAGUACGUAAACCACAUGCAACAAGACUUGCCAGCUUCUGGGAUGCCGCGUCUGACAUCCAAGUUGGCAGUGGUACCGGCUCAUCCGGUACGAGAGGCUUUGACUCUAGAGGAGAAAUACCAAGAGGCAUAUGAACAAGGAAUGGUGAUUACAGAGCGAUUAGAGGUCACUAAGUCAAGACUAGAGAAGGAAUUGCGGCGGCGUUCGGAGAAUUUUCGAGACUUGGUCAAAAGCCGAAAUACUGACAUCCAGGAAGAGUAUGCGCGUAUGCUUCAAGAACUUGACGAUCAGGUUGAAUCGCUAGGUCAGGAAAUAACGAAAGAGAAAGAUGUUAAAGCUGAUCGAGCAAAGAGACAGCGAGAGGAAGCUUUACAGUGGAAAGCGAAUAAAUUACAGCAUCUUGAAGCAGAGAGUACGCUGCUUAAGACGCAAUUGAAUGAUUUUACGACUGAGAUUCGAGAAUUGCAGCAAACGUUUGCCACGCUGGAAAAGGAGGAUGAGAAUGAAGAAAAUGAAAAUGCUUUGGAUAAUGUCGAAAGCGCAGAGGAACGACGUCGACUUGAAGAAGAACGCGAUCAAAAUGAAAUUAUUGAAUUAGAACAGGAAAUUGUGUUGCUGAAAGAGGCUCGAGAUGCGAUUGCUGACAAGAUUGAUAAAAAAUCAUUGAAAGCUCAAUAUGAAGAGGAAAAGCAGGAGAUAGUGGAAGAAAUCGCUCAUUUAAAAAGCUCGGUGGAAGAUUUUACAGCACAAAUCAACUCGAGUGGCAGUCGACUAGAUUCGUUAUUGCGUACUCUUGCGCCAUCACCUGGAAUAGGGACGCUCAUGACCCGACUGUAUCAGCAAUUACGCACUGAUACUGUUGCAACGUCGUCUUCAAACGUGCUUCAUACCUCGCGAAAAACGGUGGACUUGAAGUCAUUUCUCAACAGCUGUCCAACUUAUGAAGAAGGCAAUCAAGCUAUUGAGGAGCUUAAAAAGCUGCAGCUUAUCUACUGUUACGAAAGCAGCGGAAUUAUUGCAAGGGAAGAUUGA